AUGUUGCCUGCGUUUUCACACUGCCACCACCAGUACCACCAUCGCGGCGUAAUUAGAACAGCACCCCUCUCUGCGAAUCUUGUGGUGGAGGUGGCGGUGGUGGGGUGGUCACUGGCCCUCAGUGGAGCGGUUGAGCAGGGGAGUGGGGACGGACGAGCGAACGCCACAGGCGAUGUCCGUCUCCGCGCGAACUUUUCACGCCUUCAGACAAGUUCUACCUCAGACUUUCGCAACCGUCAAAAGACCAUCAGGAUCAAUCCUUCAGCCAGUUUCACCUCACCUGUCUUCGAUGUUCCCGGUGUGGAUUCCAACUUGAUGAAACUGACAAAAAGUGCUGGGCGAACCGACUUUACGGCGUACUCUGUCAAUUCUGUCACAGAACUGUUGUCAAAGUACAAUCGCUCAUUUACCAGUUUGACGCACUGCUCCAAGUGCAAGAAUUACAUGCCGCGGGACUCGUGGGUGCAGCGCGUCUUUGACAGCGCCUUCCACGUGGACUGCUUCACCUGCGCGCUGUGCAACCGUCAAUUGCAAUUCGGUGAAUGCAUCGUCUUCUCACAAGGGGAGAUCUUUUGCGCGUGGCAUUCGUACGCCCAUCAGCCGCCUCCAUUCGCGAAGGCACAGACGAAGCCACCACCGGCUGGGCGUGACCCAGUUCCACUGAGGGACACCUACCUAGACCAGGCGCUCGAAGAGGAAUUAGUCGAUGAAGAUGGUCAUCCGAUUGGUACAGAGGACAUCUCGUCUCCAUCCAAACCAAACUCGAUCAGCCAACCAUCAAGCGGAUCUGAGAUUACUUUUGACGAAUCUCACAUUUGUGAAGAGAACAGUGUGAACACAGUCACACCUUUCACAUCCUUCAUUCAAAGUCACCAACAGCCGCAGCGUUCAGCCUCACGAUCCAUUGUUGGCAGUCAGCAGCGGUCAAAAAGGAUUCGUACUAGUUUCACCCCCCAACAAAUAGCCGUGCUACAGGCCAGCUUCAAGACAGUGUCGAAUCCCGAUGGACAGGAACUAGAGCGAAUUGCCCAGGCGACUUGUCUCACAAAAAGAGUAACACAGGUGUGGUUCCAGAAUGCCCGGGCUCGUAAAAAGAAGACUGUUCGAAAUCCUGAUCUCCAACAGCAGCCCAACUCGCCGAGACAGGCGAUGAAUUGUAGUGGUGGUGGUAGCGGCAGUGGUAUUGGUGCCAGACGUGGAGGUUUGGCUGGUGACUUCGUACCAAACGAGGCUCUGAAUGACGCCACAGACCGCGUGAUGGAGUCCGAGGCGGACAUGUGGAUACCUCAGUCCAUUUCUCCUCAGCUGGCCGCAACUUUGGAAGUGCCUGAACCUAAGCCUUAUUUUACCAAAGGUGGGAUUCAGGAGAGCUGUUUAUUCAGCUGGUAA